UGAAGACUGCGGUCUUUUGCAACCUCUCCAGCGCCCCUUGAGGAAAACCCCCAGUUAGCCUCUUCUGUUUCAUUUCCACUCCAGCUGUGCACCUGACAGAUGUCCAAAACAAUUUCAGUCGACAAAACAUUAUGCCCUGAAUGUUUUCUCCUUUAAUUCGAGCGCACUUCCCUGUUUUAAACGCCGUGAACGCGCAGGAGUCAGUACGCGCUUUACCUUGAACGCGCUCGGCAUUAUGAAAGAGUGACAUGACUGAGGGCUGAUCGACUUUACUGGACAUUCAUUUCAUGUACAGCACAUUCCUAAACUCUCUGCGAUCAUUCUAAGGAUGGAUUUUGAAAUGGUGAAUAUGUUUGUUAUUGCCGGAGGGACGCUGGCGAUACCCAUCCUGGCAUUUGUAGCCUCUUUCUAUCUGUGGCCUGCAUCGCUUAUUAAAGUCUACCACUGGUAUUGGCGCAGGCGUCUGAGGAUGCAGGUGGAUUAUGCAGAAUACGAAGGAUAUCGCUUCUGUUAUUCUCACAGGGGAAGUCCGGGCACACGGCCGUCUGUUCUUAUGUUACACGGCUUCUCUGCUCAUAAAGACAUGUGGCUGGGUGUUGUCAAGUUUCUGCCAAAAAAUGUGCACCUGGUCUGUGUCGACAUGCCAGGCCAUGAAGGGACCAGCCGCACCAGUGCCGUGGAUUAUUCCAUAGAGGGUCAAGUGAGACGCAUAAACCAGUUUGUGAAGCGCAUCAGGCUUAACAGAAAACCUUUUCAUCUUAUCGGCACGUCAAUGGGUGGAAACGUGGCUGGAGUUUAUGCUGUGCGACACCCGUCUGAUCUUUGCGGCGUCACUCUCAUCUGUCCAGCAGGUCUUCAGUAUCCCACCGAGAGUACGUUUGUUCAGCGUUUAAGGGAACUGGAGGAGACUCAAGAAACUGACGGGAUUCCCCUCAUCCCCUCCACACCUGAUGAAAUGGAACAGAUGCUGAAAUUAUGCUCAUACGUGCGUUUCAAGAUUCCCAGACAGAUUCUUCAGGGUCUAGUUGAUGCCCGUAUUCCAAACAACGGCUUCUACCGAGAGUGUUUCAUGGAGAUUGUUGGAGAGAAAUCGAGACAUUCUUUACACGAGAACAUGCAUCUCAUCACAGUUCCUCUUCAGGUUAUUUGGGGGGAAAAUGACCAGGUGCUGGAUGUGUCUGGGGCUUCUGUUCUCGCCGAGGCCGUCCCCGAUUGUCAAGUUCAUCUCCUAGAUAACUGUGGUCACUCAGUAGUGAUGGAACGACCGAGAAAAUCCGCCCAGCUCAUCAUGGACUUUAUCCUCGCACAACAGAACGCAGGCAACAGCACAAAGAAACUUUCCUAAAACUGGCCUUUAUGUGAUGUUGGGUUGAAUUCAAGUUUAAGCUCUCUGCUGCUCACAGUAGGUUGUUAGAGGUCGCUGUGCUGCUCUGACCCUUUUUACCUUGAACCGUGACAUUUAAUCGAUGAGUGACCACGAAUACAGUUUAUAUACUGAAAGUUGUUUCGGAUGAAAACGUCUUACAAAUAUCAAUAUGUCAUUUUCCAGACUUGUAAAUAAUCAAAGUUAUUUUUUUAGCGAAUGCUCAGGGACGUUGAGUUUAUCAAGCACUUCAGAAGCUACUGUUCAGUGUGACUGCGGGCUGUAGUUAUGUGAACUUUAAAAUAGAAACAUGGAAACAUUUGUGUUUAUUAUAAGAGACAUUUCUCAAUUUUCUCUGUUUAGUAAAGAUUUGCGGAUUGUCGGUUAUAGUGAGCAACCUACCUAGACAGCACUUUUGGACAUCAUAGGCCGAGUCAGAAGAAAAGAAUAAAAAUGUGACUCAA